GAUACCCUCCAGCUAAUGUUGUAAGUCUAACAAGCAAAGGCAAGAAUUGGGGUCAUACCCAGAAGCUAGAAUGCAGCAAAAUCCUUGAUUUUAAUCCCCCCAAAGAUUCCGCGUGCUUGCUUAGCUUUUUUGUUAUUAUGGAACCGCCAUUAUCACCAUCACUUCUGUUUAGUUUCGGCCUUCUCUUUACAGUUUUUCCAUAUUUUGUUGAAUCACAAUCAUCUAACAUAAGUCCGCCGCCACCACCUCCUCCUACACCACCGCCACCGCCAGUUCCUCCUCCUCCGUCGCCCUCUCCGCCACCACCACCACCUUCAUCAUCGCCUCCGCCAGUUCCUUCUCGGCCAUCUCCGCCUCCGGCAGAACACCACCAUAAUCGAACCAAUCAUCAUAGGUGGCGGCGGCCUCCGCAACAUUCACAUAAUCACAAGGUCAAUACGGGGCAAAAGCUUGGGCUUUUGUUCAUCGGCAUUGCUAUCAUCUUGCAGUUUGGUGUUGCUGGGUUCUUGGUUUUGAAGAGAAGGCAGCUGUUGAAAGCCAAUGGCAAGUACGAGACUUGCUCUUCUUCUUCAUGAAACAUCCGCCAAGUUUUUGGGUUACAUUGGCAAUUCAAUUCAUUUUUAGUGAGUUCUUACUGAGAUCAUCCGAUGAGCCGAGAAAGGGAUUACGAAUAUU